AUGUUCAACAACACUUUCAGCCACAGCCUCAAUCUCAGGUUCAACAACACGUUCAUCCAUAAUCUCAACCACAGGUUCAACAACACUUUCAUCCACAACCUCAACCUCAGGUUCAACAACACUUUCAGCCACAACCUCAACCUCAGGUUCAACAACACUUUCAGCCACAACCUCAACCUCAGGUUCAACAACACUUUCAUCCACAACCUCAACCUCAGGUUCAACAACACUUUCAGCCACAACCUCAACCUCAGGUUCAACAACACUUUUAUCCACAACCUCAACCACAGGUUCAACAGCACUUUCAGUCACAAGUUCAACAGCACUUUCAGCCACAACCUCAACCACAGGUUCUACAAUACAUUCAGCCACAACCUCAACCUCAGGUUCUACAACACUUUCAGCCACAGUCUCAGCCUCAUGUUCAACAACACUUUCAUUGACAACCUCAACCUCAGGUUCAACAGCACUUUCAGCCAGAGUCUCAGUCUCAGGUUCAACAACACUUUCAACCACAACCUCAACCUCAGGUUCUACAACACUUUCAGCCACACCCUCAACCUCAGGUUCUACAACACUUUCAGCCAGAGCUUCAACCUCAGGUUCAACAACACUUUCAGCUACAGCCUCAACCAUAGGUUCAACAACACAUUCAGCCACAACCUCAACCUCAGGUUCUACAACACUUUCAGCCACAGCCUCAACCUCAGGUUCUACAACACUUUCAGCAAGAACCUCACCCUCAGGUUCUACAACACUUUCAGGCACAACCUCAACCUCAGGUUCAACAACACUUUCAGCCACAGCCUUAGGUUCAACAACACUUUCAGCCACAACCUCAACCUCAGGUUCUACAACACUUUCAGCCACAGCCACAGCCUCAGGUUCAACACCACCUUCAGCCACAACCUCAACCUCAGGUUCUACAACACUUUCAGGAAGAACAUCAUCUUCAGGUUCUACAACACUUUCAGCCACAGCCUCAACCUCAGGUACAACAACACCUCCGGCCACAACCUCAACCUCAGGUUCUACAACACUUUCAAGAAGAACCUCAUCCUCAGGUUCUACAACACUUUCAGCCACAGCCUCAACCUCAGGUUCUAUAAUACUUUCAGCCACAGCCUCAACCUCAGGUUCAACAACACUUUCAACAAGAACCUCAGCCUCAGGUUCUACAACACUUUCAGCCAAAACCUCAAUCUCAGGUUCAACAACACUUUCAGCAAGAACCUCAACCUCAGGUUCAACAACACUUUCAGACACACCUUCAGCCUCAGGUUCUACAACACUUUCAGCCACAACCUCAACCUCAGGUUCUACAACACUUUCAACCACAGCCUCAACCUCAGGUUCAACAACAUUUUCAUCCACAAUCUCAACCUUAGGUUCUACAGCACUUUCAUCCACAACCUCAACCUCAGGUUCUACAACACUUUCAUCCACUGCCUCAACCUCAGGUUCUACAACACUUUCAUCCACAACCUCAACCUCAGGUUCUACAACACUUUCAGCCACAACCUCAACCUCAGGUUCUUCAACACUUUCAGCCACAACCUCAACCUCAGGUUCUUCAACACUUUCAGCCACAGCCUCAACCUCUGGUUCAACAACACUUUCAGCCACAACAUCAACCUCAGGUUCUUCAACACUUUCAGCCACAACCUCAACCUCAGGUUCUUCAACACUUUCAGCCACAACCUCAACCUCAGGUUCUAUAACACUUUCAGCCACAACUUCAACCUCAGGUUCAACAACACUUUCAGCCACAGCCUCAACCUCAGGUUCAACAACACUUUCAGCCACAACUUCAACCUCAGGUUCAACAACACUUACAGCCACAACUUCAACCUCAGGUUCAACAACACUUUCAGCCACAACUUCAACCUCAGGUUCAACAACACUUUCAGCCACAGCCUCAACCUCAGGUUCAACACCACCUUCAGUGACAGUAUCAACCUCAGAUUCAGCAACACUUUCAGCAACGGCCUCAAGAUCAUGUUCAGCUACACUUUGAGUCAUAGCUUGAAUCUCAUGCUGAGCUACACUUUCAGCCACAUACUCAUCUUUAUGUUCAUCCACAUGUUCCCCAACACUUUCAACCACAACCUUACCCACAUCAUCAUCACCACUUUUGGCUUCAGGAGCAAGUUCAACUUCAGUUUCAACUACCUUAGUGGGACUCUCUUUGCCACUUUCCUUCGCAUUACCUAACGCCUUCGAAACAAACGAGUCGUGGGAUUUUGAAAUUUUAUCAAAACUUUUUGAAUUUAGAAUAUCAUUGCUGGAACUUUCUGAAUCUGAGAUAUUUUUCCUUGACUCAAAUGCUGAUAGCUCUUCUAGCUUUUCUUGAAAGAAAUCUAGAGUACCAGAUUUGUUAUCAACAUCAGCAAAAAGUUUUUCAAUCAGGUGAAUAACCACAUUAAAAUUGUUUCUUCUUGUAUUAUAUCCUAUAAUAGUAUUGGCUAACAUUUUUAGGAAUGAAUCAUUUGUCCUGAAGUGUGCACAAAUAAAAUGGUCAGUGUCAUUUGAUACUAAGCCAGUUAAGUGAAGCAAGUCAAUAGCAAAUGCUUUAGCUUUUA